GUGAGAGGGAGUCCUGUGAGUUGUGUGGGAGCGAAGGCGUCGAGGAGAGGAAGAAUGAACCCAGUGUGGGGAAGAAGGACGGGCCGACGCGGGGAAGGGCGAGGCCCCACGUACUGAGUACUCAGCCUUUUCAGCACUCGGCAGGAAGAUGGAUGAUUUUCGGGACCGGCUGUCCCGGCGGCCCGGCUCGCUAUAGGGAAACGUCAGAGCGCUCGGGCUGCUGUGGAGGAGCCGCCCGCCCCACCCCGCCUGGGCUUUCUUAUAAAAUCCGGGCCUGGCGGGGACGGCGGCAGUGGCGCGGGCGGCGGCGGCGGAGCUCCUCCAAGGUCCUGGUCGUGCGGUCACUCGUCGGGGAGACAGCACCCCCCUCCCAGCCUCGCCGCGCGCUGCAAGGGCUUGGCUCCCGGACCAUGCGCGGCCGCGAGCUGCCGCUCGUUCUGCUGGCGCUGAUCCUCUGCCAGGCGCCUCGGGGGCCGGCCGCCCCGGUGCCGGAGGCCAGAGAGAUCGCGCUGGCCAAGAUGUACCCGCGUGGCAACCACUGGGCGGUGGGGCACUUAAUGGGGAAAAAGAGCACAGGAGAGACCCCAUAUGUUUACAAAGGAGGGAGCCUGAAGCAGCAGGUGCCAGAGUACAUUUUGUGGGAAGAAGCUGCGAGGUAUUUGCUAAGUCUCAUAGAAGCAAAGGGGAAAAGCCAUCAGUCAUCUCCAGAGGAGCCCCUGCGUAUUCGCCAGUCUACGUGGGAUUCCAAGAUUAGCAGCGACGUGAAAGAGGCUUGA